AUGUCUGUCUAUGUUCUUCUGGAAGCUCAGGAGAUGGCAGUCAAAAAUCACAAUGUAGAGUACAAAUCCAACCUGUAUGUAGCUGAGUCCUACUCCGGCAAAGGGAAGUACCUGAAGAGGAUCCGUUACCACGGCAAGGGGAUGUUUGGCAUCAUGGACAAAGUUUACUGUCACUACUUUGUCAAGCUGGUGGAGGGCUCACCGCCCAAAACGGAGGAGAAGACGAGCUUUGACCAGGCCAAAGAGUACGUCCAGAACCUCAAGAACCGAACCAUCAUCCACAGUUUGUAGACCAUUCGAUAGGAUUAUUUUUCACAUGUACCAUUUACUAUAUGUCUGUCUAUGUGUGUGUGUGUGUGUCAUUUGACAUUUGUAAAUAAACAAAUAAGGGAAUGGGUAA